GACGUUGAUGUUAUUUACAAGAAAAGCGACAAUGGCUUCCCCGGUUGAUGUUGUCUAAAUCAUUUUUCGAAGUUAUAAGACGCAACAAUUUAGUUAUAUUUAUGGUUAAUAUCCUGCAUCAUCAAGUGUUGAUAUGGAACAGAACCAUGAUCCUAACCCUCUAAGUCCGGGACAUAUCGGUAUGGAGCAGAGUGUGGUCAACUCGAGUCUGCCGGAGACAACACACAUACAGAUAGAGCAGGCUCAGGUGGCUUCCAGUGGAUCCAACAACCCUAUAGCGCCUCGUAUGCAAAAUGUAGUGAUACACAUGGGUGAAUCUGGAGAUGGUCUGUUUUCACCCGACGGAAAUGUUGUCUUUUCAACUCAACAACAUUUGGAGACAACAAGUCCAAAUGGCCAGUCACCACCUCCAAUUUAUGUUUCAUCGCUCAAGCCGAUGAAUGACAAUAUAAUUCAGAUUGAGACUGUGACAGAUGUACAAGAUCAAUUAGACUCCUCCACCAAACAGAGUGGAAUGAUGAGUUGUCUUGUGUGUAAUGACAAGGGAUCAGGCUAUCAUUAUUCUGUAUUUUCUUGUGAGGGAUGUAAAGGAUUUUUCAAAAGGACCGUUCAGAAAAACUUAAUGUACACGUGUAAAGACGUUGGCAACUGUAAUAUUAACAAAUUCACAAGGAACAAUUGUCAGUACUGUAGGUUCAUGAAGUGUCAACAGAUGGGUAUGAAAAGAGAAGCUGUACGUGAGGAUAGAUCUCCUGGAGGGAAGCAUCGGCACAAACGUCCACGCCUUGAGGACAUGCAGUCAAUUUUUGGUACAGAUGGAGGACUCAGCAUAAUGUCGGAAACAGAUCGACGCUCAGAGAUUUACGAACAGACAAUAGAAGGCCUCAUCCAGGCGAAAGCCGACCUGAUGCCUCACUUUGAUGGUGCAACAGGUUUACAAAGUAUGGGGAUUAAUGAAAUGAUGCAGUUUGGUUAUGCUGAACUCAAAUUUAUAAUUGAUUGGGCAAAGAAAGUACCAGGUUUUCAGGAUUUUUGUAUUGAGGACCAAAUGGCUCUCCUCAAAUCGUCCUUCAUGGAGCUGAACAUUCUCCGACUUUCCUUCAGGUCUAUCGACUAUGAUGAAUCCAUUAAGUUUGCAGAUGGCUUCAUUCUGCCUACUGAGGUUGCCAAGGGGAUGGGAUUCGGGAAGGAGCUUGUGACGGCCAUCAGCGAAUUCAGUCGACGACUCAAGGAGAUGGAGAUGGACAUUGUGGAAUUCAACAUCAUGAAUGCCAUUGUCCUCACUUACCCAGAUGCUGCUGGUCUGAAAGAGAAGACUAGUAUCACCGUGUAUCAGACAAAGAUGCUGGACGUCUUGAGACACUACAUGACACAAAGUCAUCCCGACGACCCACGGCGAUAUGGCAAGAUGUUGUUACGGUUACCGUCACUAAGGACAGUCAGUGCCAAAGCUGCUGAGAGAUUCCUUUCUCUCACAUUAGACGGCUCAAUUCAGCUCAAUGACCUUGUUCUGGAAAUGAUAAAUUAGCUCAACGAAAAUCACAUUCUUUUGAAUCAAAUUCAUUUUCUCAAGCUGAUGACUUUAUUUCCUGAAGGAAGACAGCACAGGACUACAUAAAUCUGUAUAAGUUAUUAAUUCAGCAUACUGGUUAAAAAGUUUUGCUGAGGAAGUAAACCUUUGAAAGGGGA